CCAACAUACCACCACCACCACUGGCUCAGUGCGCUGGAUUUGCUAAUGAAACAUAAAUAUAAAUGUAUGGAAACCCGUCAGCAAAGCCGUCCUCUUGUUGUCGGGACGCGUCGGGCUCAUUUUCUGGAACCGCGUCUUUCUGUUUCUGUCACGUCUUGUGCGACCAAUCGCGGCUCGGCACCGGAGCGACACACCUGUAUAAAAGCGCGCCCGACAUUGAUUUACUGGGGAUGGAGAGCUCAGACACGCGCGCCUGUACCGUGCGCGCCGUUCGAAACCUCUGGGUCUGUACUGUGCGUAUAGCCGGACCGCCUGGCGUCAGAGCGGGUCCCCAACCUUUACGGCAUGGAGGACACGUUUAACCACAGCGGAGCGUGUAACCGCAGUUCACCUGGAGAUGACAAAUUCAGUUUCGAAGACAUCGACGUGAGCGCGGACGGCACCCCCAUCCUGAGGAUACUCAUCUCCGUGGUGUACUCGGUGGUUUGCGCGGUGGGCUUGGUGGGGAAUUUGCUCGUGGUUUUCCUCAUGAGGUUACGACAAGGUCGGAAGAGGUCCACCAUCAAUUUUUUCAUCAUCAACUUGGCGGUGACGGACUUCCAGUUCGUGCUCACUCUGCCCUUCUGGGCCGUGGACACCGCGAUGGACUUCAGCUGGCCGUUUGGAGACGCCAUGUGCAAAAUCAUCCUCUCGGUCACCGUGAUGAACAUGUACGCCAGCGUGUUUUUUCUCACGGCGAUGAGCGUGACCCGCUACUGGUCGGUCGCCUCGGCCCUGAGGAAAAAAGCGCACCGGAGGACGCGGCGCGUCAAGUGGGUGUGCGCGGUGCUCUGGGUGGCGGCGACGGUGGCCACGGCUCCGACGUCUAUUUUCUCCACCGCCACCGUGGUCGCAGGAGAAAAACUCUGCCUCCUGAAGUUCCCCGAGGGGCACGACUGGCUCGCCCUCUAUCACAUCCAGAAAAUAUUGAUCGCCUUCAUCAUCCCCAUGCUCAUCGUCUGCGUAAACUACCUGAUGCUGCUGCGCUUCGUCCGGCGGCGCAGCAUGAGCGGCGGCAACCCCAAACGGAGAUCCAGAGUCACCAAGUCCGUCGCUAUUGUGGUGUUGUCCUUUUUCUGCUGCUGGAUGCCAAACCACGCCAUCACGUUCUGGGGUGUCUUGGUGAAAUUUAACGCGGUUGACUGGGAUAAAUCAUAUUACCUGGUGCACACGUAUGUGUUCCCGGUCACCGUGUGCUUGGCGCACGCAAACAGCUGCCUGAACCCGGUGCUUUACUGCCUGAUGAGGCCAGAGAUCAGGAAGAUGCUCAGCGGUUUGAUUUGGAGAGUCUCCACUCCGUCCAUAUCCAACCAGGUUGGCACGACGCGCUAUUUUACGCAGGGGGAAACCCAGGGAGUCGUGCCUCUCCAGGUUUUGGAUAAUAACCCGUCCCUGCUGUCCAUCAUAGACCGUAAAGGUUUACCGAGCUCCAGCAUAAUCCAAGACACCACAUAACAUCAUGAAAAAUAGAAUCAAAUAUACCUCAUGUAGCUUGUUUUGCCCGGCCGGUUGUCCACCUGUAACCGUUAUUACUCGUGCGUAAUGCUUUCGUAAUCCAACAGUAACCGUGCACUAUAGCUAUCACAGUGAACAUGAACAACGUAUGACAGGUGUAAUGUAGACUUUAUUAAAUCCCCAACACUGUCGCUAAAUUGGACAAAAAAAGCUCAUCCCGGCACGAAACACGGGGAGAGAGAGACAUAGAGAGAAAGAGAGAGUGAGAGACGAAACGGAUUGAAGGAGGACCUAAAAUGAAUAUGGGGAUUGGAUGUAAUGACACAUUUGCAAUGUUUGCUACCCAUGUCUGCCUGUAAAUAAAUGGAAUUUUCAGUGGCUACAGAUGUUUCAUACUGCUGGACUUCACAGAGCAUCUUCAAUUCGGAAGGAAGAAAAGAUCAUUUUUAUUGUGUAUGCAUCUGACGGACCUAUUCAAGCGCAGCCUUCAUUAUUUAAAUCGAAGAAAACCUCCUUGAGUUGUGUGACAGCAUCUUCGCAUCUCUCCACAGACAGACACACAAAUAUGAACACCUGGCAAGACACACACAAAAUACGUGCACACUUGCACAGACUAACAACAGCCACAGUUGCCAUUCAAAAGUCUUUCCUUUGGCUUUCAAAAAUGAAAAUUGGUUUUCAGUCAAACCCGAUUAGUUGAUUGUGACAUUCAAGCAGUGUACAGAUAAAGUGGGAGGAUAUGACACACCGACAAAUACGUCUACACUCAGACAAAACAAUAUAAUGGUGGCUGCAGAGAGACGAGACAUCGGGUCCUUUUCAGACUUCUGAAUAAAGUCUCUUGGCUGCAGUCGGGCUGCCGACAGGUCUGUGUGCUAAUGAGAGUCUGUCCCAUGUCCUCCUCGUGUCCUUGAUGCUGGAGGGACGGUGUGAAUUGUAAUGAUGACAUAGUGUGCAAAUUGUAGACUUUUCCCCAAAGUGCCAAGUGUUGGGAAUAUGUGAGUCCCAUAUUGUUCAUCUAUCUGAUCUCCUCAUUCAAUUUUAUUUAUACAAACCAAAAUGAAGAUGCAUCGAGGUUCCUCAUUGGAAAGGAAGACAAUCACCAAAUAGCUUUUAAAGAUGAUCAAAAAGAAGAACAAAGAAGGAAAGUGUACUGUACUGAUUUCUUGGUGUGUUUUUUUCAGGAGCACCUUUAAAAUAAAGAUCACUCAUGUAUGUGGAAAAAAAGUA